AUGGGGGAGCUUUCUGUAUCUCCUCACGUGGCUCAAGCAGCAGUGGUGGCCGCAGUGUCCCAGUGGAAACAGGACAGGGAAAGAGGGGACCCUGGCAGACACCUGGCACAGGUAGGACAUGCUGAGGGUGGCUGUGGCAGCCAGACCCACAGGUAGCAUUGCCAGAUGCUGCCAUGAUCCUGUCGAGGUGUUUCUGCAGGAGGGACAACUCCACAGCACUGGCUCCUCCAGCCUUCCUCAGGGGGUUCUGAUAUGGCACGGUGGGUGCUGAUGCUGGCCCUCAUCCUGUCCCUGGCUGUGGUGGCAUCUGCAGACUGUGUGACCCAGUGCUCCCUCUGCGCGUCCCAGACCGACACCGGUGUCUGGCCACUGAUGUGCCUGUGGGAAUGCCAGGGCUCCUCACCCCCGGGCCCCGAGUGGGAGACCUGCAGGAAGGCGCUGGCCCUCCUGGCCCCGCUGGUGGCCCUGUCUGACGGGACAGAGCUGUCCCCUCGGGAGGCGGAGGAGGAGGAGGCAGAGCCGGAGCCGGAGCCGGGUCCCGGGGAGCUGCCGUCGGCGCCGGCCAAGCGCUACGGGGGCUUCAUGAAGAAGCUGUCGAAGGGGAAGCUGCUGUCCCUGCUGCGUGAGAACGCCCACACCAAGGGGGGACUCAGCAAGAAGUUCGGGGGCUUCGGCCGCAAGCCGGGGGAGCGGGAGGCCCCCCAGGACUACCCGGAGCCGGCUGGAGAGGGGGACGAGGAGCCCACGGGGCCCGGGGCCGAGGGGCAGGAGCUGGCGGAGCUGCACAAGCGUUACGGGGGCUUCAUGCGGCGGAUCCGGCCCAAGCUGAAGUGGGACAGUCAGAAGCGGUACGGGGGCUUCCUGCGGCGGCAGUUCAAGGUGACGGCGCGGGCGGACGAGGACCCCAGCGCUUACUCAGGGGAGGUCUCGGAUCUAUAG